UUUCCGAUCCCAGCAUCAUGUCAAACUAACCCUUUGAUCCAACAUCAUGAAAAUACAUAAAUCAUGCUAAACCACUGGGACCCACAUUGACUAUCAUCCAAGAGGUUUUUUCAAGUUCAACGGCACCUUACCUAUUAUUUCUGAGAGAUUACGUGGGCUGAAAAUUUUCAGUUUUGGGAAAAUCUGGGCCCCGCACUACGACCCCAUUCACCUGAUGCCCACAACCGUUGGAUUGAUGGAAAAAUCAUCCUGUCUGUGCAACAAUUGGGUCUCUCUGUCUCUCUUGAAUAAAUCUUCCACAGAUUUUCCAGACAACUAGUGUCGGCAUUCCAAUACACAGUGACACGCCAUGAAAAAGUAAUAUAUUUCUAUCUCAAUGAGAAAACUGGGAAAAAAGGGGAGGAAAGAGAAUCAAAAGUUGUAGUACUGAAUAAGGAUGAAUAGAUGAACCAAUUGCUGUGGAGAAGGAGAUGGAUAUUUGGUUGAUGUGGGUCCGCUUUGAAUUCCUGACAGGACCUGCAAGAGUCAAACAUCCAUAUAAGUGGGACCUGGUUUUGAUUUUUUCCCCAUCCUCCACGGAAAUUUAGAUCUUGACUGGUUCUUUUGAGCCCACGGAGAUGUUUCCUCUCUUGUUUUUUUUUUUUUUUUUUCGGUAAAUAUGUUUCCUCUCUUGUUCCUUAAAUGGGUUUCAGGCAUCAUUCUUUUCUACUAUUCAUCUACUUGACAGUGGGUGAGAGUCUACGAGUGCCGAAUGGGGAAUUGCUGGAGGCGGCCUGCAAGAUGUGCUCAUGCUUCUUCUACACUUUCAUCAGAAACUUCAAAAGCUCCUAGCAAGGAAACCCUAUACUCAAUUUCUCCGCUCAAGGAAACACCAUCUGCCAGUUUGAACAGAAAAUAUCCAGUGGCAUCCCAAAAUGAUACGUCAGCCUCUGUCACUCUCAAGUCAUUCACCUUCAAUGACCUUAAGACUGCCACCAAGAACUUCCGCACAGACAGUCUUCUUGGUGAAGGAGGAUUUGGGUGUGUCUUCAAAGGAUGGAUCGAUGAAAACACUCUGGCUCCCACAAAACCAGGAACUGGAAUUGUCGUUGCCAUCAAGAAACUCAAAAUGGAAAGCUUCCAAGGUCACAAAGAAUGGCUUGCAGAAGUUAACUACCUGGGCCAACUUCGCCAUGAGAAUAUGGUGAAACUCAUUGGUUACUGCACAGAGUCAGAAAACAGACUUCUAGUUUAUGAGUACAUGCAAAGAGGCAGCUUGGAAAAUCAUUUAUUUAAAAGAGGAGUUCAACCUAUAUCAUGGUCCACACGUAUGAAUAUUGCAGUUGGUGUUGCUCGGGGACUUUGCUUCUUGCAUAAUUUAGAUAACCAUGUUAUCUACCGUGACCUUAAGGCUUCUAACGUUCUCCUUGAUGCGGAUUUCAAUGCAAAGCUUUCAGAUUUUGGCCUAGCAAGAGAUGGUCCUACUGGAGAUAACACUCAUGUUUCUACCAGAGUGGUGGGAACUCGUGGCUAUGCUGCCCCAGAAUAUGUUGCAACAGGACACUUGACCAUAAAGAGUGAUGUAUACAGCUUUGGAGUUGUUUUAUUAGAGCUACUAUCAGGAAAAAGGGCGCUGGAUGAAGAGCGAGCUGGAGUUGAAAAUGACCUGGUUGAUUGGGCAAAGCCAUUCCUAAUCAAUAACAGAAGAGUAUUGAGAAUUAUGGACACAAGGUUGGGGGGUCAGUAUUCAAAAAAAGGAGCCCAGGCAGUUGCUGCACUAGCCCUUCAAUGCCUCCACACAGACCCAAAGUACAGGCCCCACAUGCGAGAGGCUCUUGCCACAUUAGAAGAACUACAAUCAACAAAGGAUAUCCCUAAGAUGCCACCGGCCAAACUAGAUCACCGAGGAAUCAAACAUUCAAGUAACAACCACAAGGCAAUAAGAACCACAACCUCAAUCUAACCCACAACCUUUGGUGGUCCAACUCUCUCCCUCCUUGGUACCCUGAAUCAAGCAUAGAGUCAAAAUCGAUACUAAAAACGUAGCAUUGCAACUGUUACAGCCCACAGCUAGUACUAGAAUGCACACCAAGGUUGAAAGAACAUGAUAAACCUAUCAAUCCAAUCAAAGCGGUAGACAAUGUAAUUUUUGUAACAUACAUGUUUAAAAUUUGUUGUGGACUGAAACUUGUUACCAAUUCUUUUUCU